UUUUUUUUUUGUGUUGAUAAUCACUCAUUAGAUAGAUAUAGAUAGAUAAAGAUAGAUAAAUGGUACAGUUACGAUUAAAAAAACCAAAUGCCAUACUAUUCGAUAUAACUGGUACGGUGGCAAAACAAUUUAUUGAUAAAUUAUUAGUACCAUAUAUACCGGCAAAUUUUCAUCGUUAUAUGCAUGAAAAUUGGAAUACAAAACAGGUACGUAUGGAUUUGGAACAAUUACGUUUAGAAUCAGAAUUGGAUCCAAAUGCACCAAAAAUGUUACCAUUAAUAGAUGAUGAUAAUAGUAAUAAUAAUAACAACAAUAACAAUAACAAUGAUAAUGAUAUUGAUACGGCAUUCGAUUAUGUUCGUUAUUGUUUGGAUAAUCGUAAAGAAAAUAAAGCAAUGACAUUGUUGAGAUUCCACAUGUGGUUUGAUGGUUAUGCUAAAAAUCGUUUAGAAACACCAGUAUAUUCUGAUGUAGCCAUACAGAUACAAAAAUGGCGUUGUGAUCAAGAUAUAAAAUUAUAUGUAUUCAGUAAUGGUUGGUCAGAAGCAACACGUCGUUUUAUGAUGAAAACAAAUCAUGGUGAUCUAAAUCUAUUAAUUGAUGGCUAUUUUGAUACUAGUCUUGGACAGCUAAAUGAUCCGGAUACAUUUAGAAAAAUGUUACAACGUAUUAAUGAAAAACCGGAAAAUGUUAUGUUUUUAACAAAAUCACCAGAAGAAGGACGUGCUGCUGAAUCUAUUGGCCUUACAGUUGUAUUAGUGCUUACACAUCGUCGUAAUAUUGAACGUUUAGAUGAUGAUGGUAGACGUAUGGCACGUGUACGAUCAUUUAAUGAAUUAGAAUUUGAAUAAAAAAAAAAAAAAAAAAACCAC